AUGGUAGAAAUAAUAAAAAUAGUUGAAAUAGUAAAAAUGGUAGAAAUGGUAGAAAUGGUAAAAAUAGUAGAAAUGGUAAAAAUGGUAGAAAUAGUAGAAAUAGUAGAAAUGGUAGAAAUG